UGCUUCCGCAUUCGACGAACUGGAAAGUGCUAAUCUUGUGAACAAACCAUGUGAAUUCACAUCACCAGACCGCCCUGAUCCAACACCCUCUCCCACACCUGUCGGAAAGCAAGGUGCGUCCACACGGAAAAAUUUAGGCGUCAAAUCCUCUCUUCGUCAGACGGUGCUGAAUGUGACCGCCGAGAAACCGGCCAUUUCGAACACGGUUCUUCCAACGGUCGUUGACGCUUCCGAAUCUGAUGAUCUUUUGCCCCCGGCUCCGAAACGUAAACCAUGGGAGCGGAAAAAGCCUAUUCCUUCAGCGAACCAACUUACGUCUGGGGAGCCCUCUACCUCUGCGACUUCGCAACUAACCAACGUCCCUCAAGGCGAUUUCAGUUUCCGACCAUUUUGCUAUAUUCAGGACAUGUAUAAUGAGCUGGUUAGGACAACCUCGAGUGGAUCGAUGCCCCGACGUCGUAUCUACACCAUCCGUGGAUUACUCAUCAGUUUGCUGUCUUCGCUAGAACAUCAUCAAGGCACUCGGUGGACUCUGGCGGCUCGACUGGCUGAUGGCAGUGCUACUGUGGAUUUGGACAUCUCUUCUGAGCUUCUGACCAGCUGGAUUGGUCUGACAGCAGCUGAGAGCGAGUCUCUGAGACAAAUGAGCCGAGUAGCCGCCACGGGUUCCGAAGCAAACGUGGUCGCAUUGCAAGAGGCACAGAAACAUCGUCAUCGUUUGAGGUCAGCACUUUCAAACUUUCAAGCCCGCCUGGCGAACCUAGCUGGAUUGUUCGACAUCACUCCUCCGACCCCCACUUCUCUGGGAGCCGGUGAUUCAUCCGAGGAGAAGCCGAUUCGCCCGAUCUUGGUUGGCUACCGUCCACUUGAUGGGGAUUGGCUGACACAGCUUCACAAUCGCGUCCUAGCCCGUUGGGGCACUCGAGUCCUCGACUAG